AAAGCAUUAAUCCAAUUAGAAGCUAAUCAUGGAGAUGAAAAGAGUUUAAAGAAAGUAUAUAAUGAAGCAUUAGAAGUAUGUGAUAGGAAGAAGAUUAUGCUUCAUAUGAUUCAUAUUUAUAAAGAAAAGAAAGAAGAAGAAGAGAAAAUAAACAGAAUAAUAUUUAAGAAAGUUAAAGGAAGUUGUAAAGUAUAUAAGAAAUAUUGUAAUUUCAUAAUGAGAAAUAAUAGAGAAGAAGAAAAUAAGAAUACAAUAAGUAAAGCAAAAACAACAUUAGAUAAAAAGAAAAUGAUAAGUUUAGAAAUUCAUAUUGCACGAUUAGAAUAUAAAUAUGGAUCAGUUGAUAAAGGAAGAUCAAUGUUUGAAGAUAUUUUAACAAAUAAUCCAAAACGACAUGAUGUUUGGAAUAUUUAUAUUGAUAUGGAGAAAGAAGUAGGAGAAGUAGGAGUAAUACGAAGAAUAUUUGAAAGAAUAGUUAAACAAAAAUUAAGUACUAAAACAAUGAAAACAUUCUUAACUAAAUAUUUAGAAUUUGAAAUAAAAUAUGGAGAUGAAAGUAAACAAGAAAAUGUUAGAGAUAUUGCUAAAUCAUUUGUUUCAAGAAAAUAA